AUGUAUGUAUGUAUGUAUGUAUGUAUGUAUGUAUGUAAUGUAUGUAUGUAUGUGCAUAUGUAUGCACGUAAUCUACGACGUGAAUAUCCACCAGUAUCAUUGAUUGAGCUACAACGGUUGAUCGAUUUGGGUUGGCUGGACACUUCAAGGCUUAUCGAUCUCACGGCCUUGUGCAAUACCCGAAGAUAUCAUUGCAAUCCAUCGUUGCGGCAAUUCGGUGUCCAGCUUACUGAUCAGGUGAGAUUCCAAAUCAGUGCUGUUCAGAUGAUCUGCAUUCCAACUGGAGCUGAUUGUUUUGCGAGUGCAGUAAACCUAGAAGUACAGUGGGCAUCGCAAACAGCAAUAGCAGCUGUGGAACGAGCC